UGGGUGGCAGCACUUCACAGAGGGAGUCAGAGCGGCAGGCUUGAGCCCUUGGCUGUUGGGGGUGGGUGGACUGACUCACUUGGCCCCCUCCCUGGUGCCGAUGGGGCAGCCCCCACACCCCUGGGCGCUGGCACCCCGUCAGGCCCCAGGGUUUUGGAAAAGGAAGCAGCAGCCCCGCGGCGCCUGACCCGGGCCGGCUGAGGAUGCGCCCUGCGCGCAGGGACCCGCCGGCCCCCGAGCCGGGAGGAGAUGUUUAGGCAGCGACCCCCCAGAGCAGGCUCGCUCCCGCGGCCGCCUGCUGGGGCCACCCUGGCCGCGGGCCCGCCGGGACGCCCCUGCUGGCGGCGCCCCUCCCCGGGCCGUGGCGCGUCCCCCGAGUCUCGCAGUAUUUCCUUCCUGCACCUUUAAGAAGACCGUUGCUCCGUGGUGGGAUGGUGUGUUAAAGCCACACAGAGGAAGUUACGCAGCCCGGAUCAGACCGAGAGAUAAAAGCCCCGAUGGUGAUCGUGAGAGAUGGCAAGAGGAUUUAGCCCCGGCAUUAACUUGGAGCGGAGUGCAGGGGGGCGGUGAAGCGCCCCGCCAUCUGGCCCGCGCCGCGCCGCGGGGGGGAUGCCCCGGCGCCCCGACGAGCCGCCGCGAAGCCCACCCGGGCCGGGGGCUGCCCGGUGCCCGCGCGCCGGUCCUCUCCGAGCCGCCCAGGGGGCCCAAAAAGUUUGCACUUGUUAGAGGCGACCUCCCGCUCGGCCCGGGGUGGGCGAUGCGGGCGGCGCGGGCGGCCCCCUCCCCCGGCCCGCGUCUCCGGGACGGCUGCGGGCGGCCCCCCCGGCGGCCGGAGGGCGCCCCAGCCCCGAUCUGACGGCCGCGGCGGCGGCGGCCACAGCGGCGAGCGGGAGCGGCGCGCCGAGGAGCAGCGGCUCGCCGCCCUCCGGCCCGCGCCCCCACCCAGCGCCGGCCAGGGCAGGCGGAGCGCCCGCGGGCGGCGGUCCUCGGCCUCCCGGGUCCGCGCUCCGGGAAGCUGCUCCGAGCCGGGGUGUUGUUGCUAAUGAGCUCUCUUCCUCCCCUCUUACAAUGAAAGACAAGCCAGCCCCCGGGUACCUGGAUGGAUUGAGAGCCGAAGUGUCAGAAACUUCAUAAUAAGUUGCUGAUGGCUACCAGCCAAGGUCAGCUGGCCCCCAUUAGUGCCUGUCCCCACAAAGCAGAGCCAAAUAAGCUUCUCCCCAGUUAAGAACCUCAGUCGCUUUUUUAUGUGGCAGUCCAGCCACACAAUUGUUGUCACUUUAAGCCCAGGUGAAAAGAAAUCUCUUCUAUUGGUCUGAGAUGCCAGUCCAGUCCCACAGAGGGAACACGGUUCCAGCUAACACGCACACCUCCUGAUUUUAUUUUAUCUCUACAACGCAGGCUGGAGGGUUGUUUUGCAGUUCUGUUGAGCACAUCACACAUUUAAGGGCCCUUUAAAGACCUGGAUUGAUUGGAAGGACAAAAAUUAAAAGCAAUCUGAUCCGGCCUCGUGCCAGAUCCCUGAGGAUUUGCUCCCUAUCCCAUUUCCACCCACUGUCACAAUUCGAGAGCCUGCCUGAUUUGAUCAGAUUCGCCUCUGGGAGAGGUGUAAUGCCAAGGUUAGGAGGACGCGAAGUUACGGGCAACUUUCUGAUUUGCCCAUCAGCAGUCUGAGAAACGCUGGCUCUGAGUUUUCCAAAUCGGCCUUUGGGAAGAAACAAGUUCCUCGCUCUUCGCAAGCCGGCAGGCUCCGGUCCCUGGGACAUCCAGCCUCCGGUGCCUGGUGGAUGUGGCACUUCCAUGCUGAGGCCGAGAGUCCCGCCUGACCCAGUCACUGCCUCUCCAGGGCCCGUCUGGGCCACGCCCCUGCGGACUGCGCAGCCAUGCUGCCCCUGCUCGCACUUUUCCUGUACUGCCUCCCACCGGCCUCGGGGGACUACGACAUCUGCAAAUCCUGGGUGACCACGGACGAGGGCCCCACCUGGGAGUUCUACGCCUGCCAGCCCAAGGUGAUGCGGCUGAAGGACUACGUCAAAGUGAAGGUGGAGCCCUCUGGCAUCACGUGCGGAGACCCCCCUGAGAGGUUCUGCUCCCACGAGAACCCAUACCUGUGCAGCAACGAGUGCGACGCCUCCAACCCCGACCUGGCCCACCCGCCCCGGCUCAUGUUCGACAGGGAGGAUGAGGGCCUGGCCACGUACUGGCAGAGCGUCACGUGGAGCCGCUACCCCAGCCCGCUGGAAGCCAACAUCACCCUCUCAUGGAACAAGAGCGUGGAGCUGACCGACGACGUGGUGGUGACCUUCGAGUACGGCCGGCCCACAGUCAUGGUCCUGGAGAAGUCCCUGGACAACGGGCGCACGUGGCAGCCCUACCAGUUCUACGCCGAGGACUGCAUGGAGGCCUUCGGCAUGGUGGCGCGCCGCGCCCGCGACCUGUCAUCCACGGGCGCCCACCGCGUGCUGUGCACCGAGGAGUACUCGCGCUGGGCCGGCUCCAAGAAGGAGAAGCACGUGCGCUUCGAGGUGCGGGACCGCCUGGCCAUCUUCGCCGGCCCCGACCUGCGCAACAUGGGCAACCUCUACACGCGGCUGGAGAGCGCCAAGGGCCUCAAGGAGUUCUUCACCCUCACGGACCUGCGCAUGCGGCUGCUGCGCCCGGCGCUGGGGGGCACCUACGUGCAGCGGGAGAACCUCUACAAGUACUUCUAUGCCAUCUCCAACAUCGAGGUCAUUGGCAGGUGCAAGUGCAACCUGCACGCUAACCUGUGCUCCGUGCGGGAGGGCAGCCUGCAGUGCGAGUGUGAGCACAACACCACCGGCCCCGACUGCGGCAAGUGCAAGAGGAACUUCCGCACCCGGUCCUGGCGCGCCGGCUCCUACCUACCGCUGCCCCACGGCUCUCCCAACGCGUGUGCUGCUGCAGGCUCUGCUGUUGGCAGCGUCGGCAGACCCCGGAAAGACCCUGUCCCCAGAGCCCCUGUGGCCACUGUGGCCCUGAGAGGGGACCCCAGCACUCUCGCUCCCUCUACUUCCACCGGGCGGGCCCCGAUGGCCCCCAGCACCCCACAGCCCAUAGACUGUGAGUGCUAUGGCCACUCCAACCGCUGUAGCUACAUCGACUUCCUCAACGUGGUGACCUGUGUCAGCUGCAAACACAACACGCGAGGCCAGCACUGCCAGCACUGCCGUCUGGGCUACUACCGCAACGGCUCUGCCGAGCUGGACGACGAGAACGUGUGCAUCGAGUGUAACUGCAACCAGAUCGGCUCCGUGCACGACCGGUGCAACGAGACCGGCUUCUGCGAGUGCCGCGAGGGCGCAGCGGGACCCAAGUGCGACGACUGCCUCCCCACGCACUAUUGGCGCCAGGGCUGCUACCCCAACGUGUGCGACGACGACCAGCUGCUCUGCCAGAACGGCGGCACGUGCGUGCAGAACCAGCGCUGCGCCUGCCCGAGCGGCUACACCGGCGUGCGCUGCGAGCAGCCCCGCUGCGACCCCGCCGCGGACCACGGCGGCCUGGACUGCGACCGCGCGCCCGGGGCCGCCCCGCGCCCCGCCACCCUGCUCGGCUGCCUGCUGCUGCUGGGGCUGGCCGCCCGCCUGGGCUGCUGAGCCCCGCCCGGACGACCCGCGCCG